CACUGGAGGAGCUGGAAGUUGCAUGUUCCUGCUAAGAAUCAGUGAGCUUCCUUUGUCUGCUCCUAGCUGGGGGCUUGCUGUGGUCUAGCCUGAGAGGGUAUAGCUCAGGUCCAGCCUAAACAGAGAGUGAGCCUGGCGCCAUGCCGGCUUGCUGCAGCUGGAACGAUGUCUUGCAGUAUGAGACAAACAAAGUCACACGGAUCCAGAGCGUGAAUUACGGCACCAUUAAGUGGGUCUUGCACGUGAUCAUCUUUUCGUAUGUUAGCUUUGCUUUGGUGAGUGACAAGCUUUAUCAGCGGAAAGAGCCCGUUAUCAGCUCGGUGCACACCAAGGUCAAAGGGAUUGCAGAGGUGAUAGAAAAUGUCACAGAGGGCGGGGUGACGAGGCCGGUACAAAGAAUCUUUGACACUGCGGACUACACCUUCCCUAUGCAGCAGGGGAACUCGUUCUUCGUAAUGACAAAUUUUCUCAAGUCAGAAGGCCAAGAGCAGAAGCUAUGUCCUGAGUUUCCCACCCGCAGCGCACACUGUUAUUCUGACCAGGGUUGCAAAAAGGGAUGGAUGGAUCCGCAAAGCAAAGGAAUCCAGACUGGCAGGUGUAUACCAUACGACGAGAGAAGGAAGACCUGUGAAAUCUCUGCCUGGUGUCCUGCCGAGGAGGGGAAAGAUGCCCCGCGGCCUGCACUCUUGAGGAGCGCUGAAAACUUCACUGUGCUCAUCAAGAACAACAUUGACUUCCCGGGCCACAACUAUACCACGAGAAACAUCUUGCCAGAUCUGAAUGUCUCUUGUACCUUUCACAAGACUCGGAACCCUCAGUGUCCCAUUUUCCGGCUAGGAGACAUCUUCCAGGAAGCAGGAGAGAACUUUUCAGAGGUGGCAGUUCAGGGAGGGAUCAUGGGCAUCGAGAUCUACUGGGACUGCAACCUGGACAGCUGGUCCCAUCACUGCUAUCCCCGAUACAGCUUCCGCCGCCUGGACGACAAGUACACCAACGAGUCCUUGAUCCCCGGCUACAACUUCAGAUAUGCCAAGUACUAUAAGGAAAACAAGGUGGAAAAGCGGACACUGAUCAAAGCCUUCGGGAUCCGUUUUGACAUCCUGGUGUUUGGCACUGGAGGAAAGUUUGACAUCAUCCAACUGGUUGUGUACAUUGGGUCCACACUGUCCUACUUUGGCUUGGCCACUGUGUUCAUUGACUUCCUCAUCACCACAUACUCAAGCACCUUCUGCAGGUCCAGCGUCUACCCCUAUUGUAAGUGCUGUGAGUUCUGUGCAGUCAACGAGUACUACUACGGGAAGAAGUGCGAGUCCGUCACGGAGCCCAAGCCGACCUUAAAGUAUGUGUCCUUUGUGGACGAGCCCCACAUUCGGAUUGUAGACAAGCAGCUGCUCGGGAAAAGUCUGCAACUUGUCAAAGGCCAAGAAGUUCUGAGGCCGCAGAUGGACUUCACGGACCUGUCUAGGCUGUCCCUAUUUCUCCACAACUCGCCCCCUGCUCCUGGACAACCUGAGGAAGUGCAGCUGCUGUGUAAAGAGGCACCCCCCAGGUCCGGGCCCAGCCCGGGCUGGUGCCAGUGUGGAAACUGCCUCCCUUCGCGGCUGCCGGAGAAUCGCAGGGCCCUGGAGGAGCUGUGCUGCCGGAGGGCACCAGGGCCCUGCAUCACCACCUCGGAGCUCUUCCGGAAGCUCGUGCUGUCCAGGCAAGCCCUGCAGCUCCUCCUGCUCUACCAGGAGCCCUUGCUGGUGCUGGAGGAAGAGGCCGCCAACCGCAGGCUGCGACACUGUGCUUAUCGGUGCUACACCAUCUGGCGCUUCGGCUCCCAAGAUCUGGCUGACUUUGCCAUCCUGCCCAGCUGCUGCCGCUGGCGGAUCCGGAAGGCGUUCCCUAAGACUGAGGGGCAGUACAGUGGCUUCAAGUACCCCUACUGAUAGCCUGGCUGCCACAUUACAGCGGCUUAUAGCACAGCUUCCCUUCUAAAGACCUAGAGACGCAUUUGCAGCCAGAGGGAACUCAGUUUUCCUCCCUGGGGAGCUCUUUGUGUGCUGAAGACCCGAUUAAACCAAUCCACAAGCACACAAACCCUCCCUGCGUGGAUGAGAAGCAGUUGCAGACCUGAGCCUGGAGUCUGUCCCUGGGCUGCUGUUCCACCCUGGGCUCUUAAUGUGUACUUAGGCUCCUCAUUUCCCAACUACUUUAUCUGAACUCGCCUGAGAAAAGACUGAAAUGGUUGUAGGUGGUCUCUCUCAUAAAUGUUUACAUAGUUGCAUGGAUGCAAAGGUCCAACCCUAAAAACAAACCCUUUGGGAUUUGAGGAUGCUCUGAGAGAUUAAAUAUGGCCACAGAUCUUGGCACUCCCCCACACCAACUCUCAAGACCCAAAGGUGUUGUUUCCCCUUCCCGUUAUGGGCAGCUCUGGUGCUGUGUCCAGUAGUGGAUGUGAGGCUGCAUCGAUUUCAGGACCUUGUUUUAAGCGGCUAAUAGCUUCUACUCCCUGCCCUUGGAUCGCUUGCUGAGAGGGAGCCAGCCCAAGCUAAGAGUCUGGCUAUAUGAGGCUUCUCUGCCGUGAGGGAGCCCAAGCAGCCCCAGGAAGAAGUCCCAUCCCAUGCCAGGUCAUCACCUCUAAGUCCUGUCACCACAGGGGGGAGAGAAGCUGCUGCCUUCAGGUGGUUCCAGACCCUACUAACACGUGACCGAAACUGCAGGAGACAGGCCAAGGGCAAACUGCCCAGCAACCCAGACGACUGCUCUCUGUCUUAAAUCAUUACAUCUGGGAAGGGAGGUUGGCACACAGCAACAGGCACCUAGGGCAAGACAUGCUGACUGAGGCCCGGAGUCACGACAAAAUGCAGCACUCCAUUGGGCAGUUGUAAGAGGUGGCAUUAAAGCUGCCCUAAAACCAUCAGAUCUAACUACAUGCAACAUACAGUCAUGCCCCAUUGCUACCGUAUGGUUCCAAGAGUCUACCAAAGUCACAAACCAGUAAAAGAUGCCUCUGUGCCUUUGACAUCCUGGACUUUACAGUCAGUGCAUGCUGAGGCAGUAAGAAUGCUACUAUAAAAAAGCAGCUCAAGGAGCUAAAGGUUAGGAGCACUGGCUGCUCUUCCAGAGGUCCCAAGUUCAAUUCUCAGCAACCACAUGGUGGCUCAUAACCAUCUAUAAUGAGAUCUGGUGCCCUCUUCUGGCCUGCAGGUGUACAUGCAGGCAGAACACUGUACACGUAAUAAAUAAAUAAAAAUCAGCCCAAGCUGCCAGGUGUGGCCCAAGCUGUCAGGUGUGGAGUGACCCCAGAACUCAGGAGGCUGACAGGAAGGUUAGGUGUUCUAGGGCAUCCUGAGCUACAUUGCAAGAAUGCGGGGGGGGGGGUGUUUUUAAGAUUUUUUUUUUCAUGUUUGAGUGUUUUGCCUGCAUGUAUGUCUGUGCACCAUGUGCUUGCCUGGUGCCUGUGGGGGUCAGACAAGGGUGUCAGAUCCCCUGGAACUGGGAUCUCAGAUGGUUACACGCCACCAUGAGGGUGCUGGGAACUGAACUUGAGCCCUCUGCAAGAGCAACAAAUGCUCUUAACUACUGAGCUAACUCUCCAGCUUUGAAACCAACUUAAAAAAAUCAUAACUGUGAUAAUUAAAAAGAGGGGGGAAGAGGGACUAGAGAGAUGGGUCAGUGGAUAAAAGAGCAUUUUUUUUUUUUACACAAGCAUGAAAAAUUUGAGAUCACAGCUUCCACGUAAUGACUGGACGGCAUCUGUCAAGGUGGCUUGGAGGUAAAGAGCUUGCCAUUCAAUCUGAUGACUUUGAAGUCCAAGGUAGAGGUGGAGAACCAACUCCCAAAAGUUGUUCUCUGCCCUCAUAUAUGCCUCAUGCACACUAAUAAUAAAUACAAUAAGUUUACUUUUUAUGGAAAGCUAGCACCCUUCACUGUUUUCUCUAUCUGCUAAGCAUGUAAGAGUGGAUAGUCACAGUUUUGGGGCCCUGCUUUAAGAUUUCUUUUUUCUAGACACAGUGACUUGUUUCUAACAGAAUAGAGACUAUGAGGGCUGUGGGAUACUGUGGCUGAUGGCCUGAGACUUUCAAAUCUGCCCUGAGACUUGCUAUUUUGAGACUUCUGAAAGCUAGAAGCAAAGCUGAAUGUUGAAAGCGUAGGCGGGGCUGAGAUGGCUCAGUGAAUAACGGUACUUGCUGACAAGCAUGAUGGGUGACCAAGUUUAUUCCUCGGGACCCACAUGGUGGAAAGGAGAACUGACGCCUACAAGUUGUCCUCUGACCUCCACGGGAGAGCACUGGCAUGUGUACACCCCCCCCCCAAGUGACUCCAAGGUUUAAAAACAGAAGACUUCUACUGCAUGGAUAAAACGACAUGGAUAAAACCACUUUUUCUUUUUAAGCCCAGAGUUUUAUCUAGCCUUAAACUCAGGAAUCAAUAAUUACACCAGCUUUGAUUUCCAUUUUUAUUAUCUUUUGGGAGAUUGUUUUUGAGUCAGGGUUUCCCUGUGUAGCCCUGGCUGUCCUGGAAUUCACUCUGUACAUCAGGCUGGCCUCAGACUCAGAGACCUGCCUGUUUCUGCCUCCCAAGUGCUGGGAUUAAGGGCCUGCACCACCACCACCUGGCUUGGAGAUAUUUUUUAAAUGUGGAUUAUAUUUGACUUCAGAGUUGAACUUUUUACUCCAAGAAUUCCACGUAAGAGCUACAGGCUUUCUUUCCUGUGGCCGCAGAGUCUUUAUUCCUUUAUCUUUGAUGCCUCCUUCCUAGUGUACUUACGUCACCUUGUUGAGGCCUCAGGUAGUGAAUGAUCCCUGGGUCCUUCUAGCAUUUCCUUUGGCCAUGGCCAUUGGUGCUGUCGGGAGGGUGACAUGCUGCUUUGUGUAUAAAAUGACACUUUUUGCAGCAGCAUGAUAUUCGCAUCUCUAUGUCCGUCUACUGCAUAGCGGACGCCGUGGUCCGAGGCUCAGGUUCCUUGCUGUUACCGGCGCCAGUAUUCAGCACCUGCUCAGAACUCAGGGUGGAUUUCCUUUCUCUCUUAAAAGGGAAUCAUCUCCUAAACUCUUUCUAAUUUCAGGUUGGCAAUGUAAGGUUUUUUUCUU